AUGUCUUACCUCCAGCAGUGCAAGCAGCCCUGCCUGCCCCCUCCCAUCUGCCUGCAGAAGUGCUCCCAGUGCGUGGAGCCCUGCAAGACUGUCUGCGUGGAGCCCUGCGUGGAGGUCUGCCCCACGCCCUGCGCCCCCCAGUGCAGCACCCAGUGCGUGGAGCCCUGCCCCCCACAGUGUGUGGAGGUCUGCCCCACGCCCUGUGCCCCCCAGUGCAGCACCCAGUGCGUGGAGGUUUGCCCUCCCAAGUGCAUCGACGUCUGCGUGAAGCCCUGCGCCACCCAAUGCCCCUGCCCGGAGCCCUGUGCCACCCAAUGCCCCUGCCCGGAGCCCUGUGCCACCCAGUGCUGCACCACCAAGUGCGUGGAGCCCUGCCCACCCCAGUGUGUGGAGGUCUGCACCACCAAGUGCGUGGACACCUGUGAGGCUGUGUGCCUGGAGCCCUGUGGCACUGCCUGCUCCCACCAGUGCUGA